UGUCCUGCUGGAAUAGGCGGCAGCACUGCAUGGCAAACACAUGUAGGAGAGCUGCAUUAAUAGCUAGUGAUCUGCCAUAUAAUGUGCCAAAAUUUUCAACCACAUUUGCCAAUUUGGCAAUGUUACAUAGUGCUUUGCAUGCUUGCAGCUUCAAAACUGUUUUGUCUUUGUCUAGAGAGAGAAAAGAAAAAGUUGCUUGAGAGAGAGAGAGAGAGAGAGAGAGAGAAAGAGAUGGGUGGAAUUGGUAAGGAGGCAUUGGUAGUGUGCAGUGACAAGAGCUUGGGGAUAGGAAUAACAAUAUGGGACAUAGAGAGUGGGGAAAAUCUCCUUCACAUACCAACCAGUGCUUCACCUCCUCAUGGACUCAUCUGCUUGGCAAACCAGUGUCUUGUGGCUUCUCAGAUACACAGGCAGGGCUCAGUUGCUGGUGGGGUCAUCUUUAUUUGGCCCUUCAAUAAGCCUCAAGCACCGGUCCGGAGCUACCCAAUGGAGUCCAUUGGACCAAUAACAUGCACAAAGGAUGGCACAUAUAUUGUUGGUGGAGCCCCUUCUGGAAAUGCUUAUGUUUGGGAGAUUUCAAAUGGGAGAUUGGUCAGGACUUGGUGUGCACAUCAUAAAUCAGUGACUUGCUUGACAUUUUCUAGCGAUGAUUCAUUCCUUAUUUCUGGUUCAGAAGAUGGCAUGAUCAUUAUUUGGCCUAUGAUCGGUUUGGUAGACGAGACAGAUUGUUGGACUGUGCCUUUAAUACUAAAUUUUUCAUUAGAGCAUUCAUCCUCUAUAACGGGCCUAUUAACUGCAUCAAGUGGGUCAAGUUCAAUUUUUUUAUCAAGCUCCCUCGAUGGCACAUGCAAGGUAUGGGACCUGGUUACUGGAAGACUUUUACAAACUCGAGCUUUUCCGCUACCAAUUACUGCAAUAGUUGUUGAUCCAACAGACAAGAAGUUAUUUUUUGGUAGCGCAAAUGGAAUGAUUUUCUUGAAUACACUUGAUUUUGGAGUGGUGGAAGAUACUUCAAUUGUUUUAGAGGAUGAGCCAACCUUGCUAAUGGGACACAAGUCAGUACAAUAAGUCUAAAGACAAUAGAAUUGACUAUAUAGACAUAACAUAUAAGUGGAGCAAUUUGAGUAAAUUGUAUUUUCUUAUGAUAGGUCUCACCAUCUGAUAUGUAUGGCUAGGAUUGUUUUAUGUGGCUAGUUCUAUAUCCGUAGUCUUUGUUGCAAGUCAGUAAAAUCUUGGGUUUGGAACUCUCAAAAUGCUUUAUA